AUGAACAGCAUCAACAUUGGAUUGCUGUUACUGUUGGCUGUAAUUGGAAACCAUAUGGUUUACAGUUGUGAUAUAAUUGUUCAUGUUCAAUCAAAUACCACCAAAAAAUUUCAGGCACAAGUUGUUGCACCAAAUGGAAAAAAAAGUGAAAAAUGGCAGUUCAGCAAACCUCGGGAAAAAAAUACCUUCCAACAAAAAGCUUCUGAAUGCGGAAUUAAAGACUGGGAAAUUACAACCUUUGAUGGCAAUAAACCUGUAAACACUGUUAAGGUAUCACUGAAUGGAAUUGGUCGUGUAACAUAUACAGUUGGUGAUGAUUUGAAAGCUGUACAAUCGGAUCGACAUGGUGCCAUGUGUAGUGGUCAAUGUGCUCCACUUGGUACCCAACCUUCCAGUCGUAGUCGUUCAAAUUCACCAGUGAAAAGUACCGACGACUAA